AUUGGCUGAUUCGUAAAAGCAGUUCUAACGGCACCAACAUUCAAACGUAUUCGCGUCCGAUUGUUUGUGGCAGGAAGGUGCGAGCGUUUGCUGAUUUAACAUUUUUACUGCAUUUGACCAGCCUUUUAGGUUGUGGUAGGAGGCAUUGGUUUGAAGCAAGUUUCCUGUGUGAAUAUGGAAGGGGACUCUGCUGAUGCAUACACCUGGGAUGCCCCUUCUCAUGUCAUAGAGUCAAUAGAUGAUUUUGCCCUGGACCCUCAGGAUAAUGCUGACCGGUGGUUUGAGUUGAAGGCAGCUCCUAGAAGUGGCAUUAUGGAACAGCUCACCACCCCUUUACGGGCCACAAAGCCAUUUGAUGAAGUCCACAACACCAACAGACUCAAAGCUGUGGUGUCUCCCAUGAUCAAACAAGAUGAGACAACAAGUACAGAUGUCAAAGAAAGCACCUCUACAGGGGUCCCAUCUAACAUAGUCACAUCAUGGGGGAACGGCAAAACUACAGCAGCUCCUGGUCCGGGUCAGACAUCGGUUCCUGCUCAACCACGCAGAGUGUCCAAACGGCCUGUGCCUAGAAACGAAAAGCCUGCAACACCCCCUCAUGUAAAGAAAAGAAGAGUUGUACCUGCUGCCACAAUAAGGAGAGUUUUUGAUCAGCGGCGAAGAAGCUCAACGUCCAGAACUGUGCGACGCAGUGGUGCUGGUGUGAGGAGCAGUGUCCGGCUGAGAACCAAGCCAGCAAUUUCCUCCAAGACCACAGAUACUGCCUCUGCCUCCUACACUACACAACAGAAAAGCACAGAACAGCAAGAGCUGGAACGCAUUGAGGCAUUGCAGAAAGAGGUGGCAGAACAGCGUCGGAAGAACGAAGCCAGCUACAGAGCUGCACUGGCAGGCAGUCAGCCUCCUAAGAAGCAUGUGCUGUCCACCACCAUUCCCAAAGAGUUCCAUUUCUGCUCUGAUAGCAGGCUGAAGAACCACAUGGAUGUAGGCUCUGCAGAAGACAACUCGUACAAGGAGGUGAACUUCACCUCACAGCUCCGCAAGCACCCAUCUUCCCCUUUGAAGGCUCCAAAGGGAACAACGAUUCCCAAACCCUUCAACCUCUCCAGAGGCAAGAGGAAGCUUGAUGAGGCAGGAGCCUAUGUGCCGAUGGCCCAGCAGAUUGAGCAGUUUCAGAAACGCACUCCCAGCCGCUAUCACCUGCGCAGUCGGCAGAGCCAGGAAAGAGGACCAUCACCAGUGAAGGCUGAGAAGCCAAAAAUCACACACCCCAAAACGCCACAGCUACUGACUCGCCAGAGACAUCGUCCCACGAUGGUGAAAAGCACUGCAGAAAUUGAGGCUGAGGAAGCAGAAAAAAUGCAGCAGUUUAAGUUCAAAGCUCUAGAACUCAACAGAAAGAUUCUAGAAGGGGCUUUGGUUCCUAAAAAGCCGGAAAGUAAAGAAGUUACCAAGCCUGAGGGCUUCCAGCUGGAGAUUGAGAAGCGACUUCAGGAGCGGCAGGCCAGUAAGAAGCCUGAGGAAAAAGAGGACCACACAUUCCAUCCCAGACCGCUACCAACUCGAAUUCUGGAGGAAGUUGUGGGUGUCCCAGAGAAGAAAGUUCUAAAUCCAACUGUUCCAGAAUCACCUGCAUUUGCUCUUAAAAACCGUGUGCGAAUUGAAAAGAAAAAAGAAGAGGAGAAGCCUCCUGCUCCAAUUAAGGCACAUGCUGUGCCCCACUUCCUGCCCUUCCAACCCAAACUGCCAGUCAAGAGCCAGGUAGAAAUGUGCCCUUUCUCAUUUGAGGAACGCGAGCGUGAACGAAGGGUCAUGAAGGAGAAGAAGCUGGAGGAAAUGAGAAAUGAAGAGGUACCCAAGUUUAAGGCCCAACCCCUUCCUGACUUCCAUGAAGUGCACCUCCCUGAGAAAAAGGUAUUAGAGCCCACCAAACCUGCUCCUUUCAAGCUGAUGAUUGAUGAACGAGGAGCGUCAAAGGGUGAACGCUGGGAACAGAUGAUGAAAGAGGAGUUGAAACGACAGGCUGAAGCCGCAUGUUUUAAGGCACGGCCAAACAAUGUAAUGCACAAAGAACCAUUUGUACCAAAAAAAGAGAAUCGCUCCAUCUUGGCCAAUACUACUAAUUCUGCAGUUCCAGAGGGCUUCCAGUUGGCCACAGAACGGAGAGCCAAGGAACGAAUGGAGUUCGAGAAGGAGUUGAGUGAGAAGGAGGCAAUGAAGGCUCGUAUGGAAGAGGAGCGGGCCAGAGAACGAGAGGAGCAGGAAAAGGAGGAGACUGCAAGGCUACGGCAGGAACAGGUGCGCAAGGCCCAGCCAAUCAGACGCUACAAGCCAAUGGAGUUGAAAAAGAGUGACGUGUCUCUCACAGUGCCCCAAUCUCCAAACUUUUCCGAUCGCUUCCGCAUGUGAAUGCAUAACGCAUCGUUACAUUGACUUAAUUUUACAUGGUUCUCUUAAUGUGUUUUGCUCUUUCUUGUUUUAUAUUUUUCUGUGAUGUCUGAAAAUUUAGAUUAGUUUUAUCUGUCUGUGGCUGAUGCAUAAGGACCUAUUGUGGUCAAGUAAAAAAAUUUAUAGUUGGGUGUGAUGACUGACUCAGCUAAAUUUGUUCAAACUCAUGUGUAUAUGAAAACUUUUUAUAGUUUUUUUUUUUUUUAAUACUGUUCCAUUUCUCGCAAUAAAGAGACUUUUAGUAUAAA